AUGCAGAGAGAAUUGCACUUGAGGAAGAUUCCUAAUGACUUCUUCUUGCACAUGCCUCUCCUCAGAAUCCUUGAAUUGCAAGAGACUUCUAUAGAGGAGGUACCGGUAAGCAUUGGUAAUCUGAUGCAACUACACUAUCUCAAUCAAUGCAAAACUAGGAUUACUUCUCUACCAAAGGAGAUGGCAGCACUAGUAAAUCUCAAAUACUUGCCGCUGGCAUCCAUGAAAUAUUUGAGAAUCAUUCCUGACCAACUAAUCUCCAGUCUUCGAGAGUUACAGUGGCUUAUCAUGAUGGACAGCUACACUGGGUGGAAGGAAGGACAGAGUUGCGAAGGAGGUGUGAGUUUCAAAGAGCUGGAAAGCUCGAAGAGAUUAAAAGCCAUUGGGAUCACAGUCAGCACGCUUGCUGCUCUUCAAAACCUCUAUGACUCUCCAAGACUGGCAGCAUUCACACACUGGCUCCAUAUAGAAGGGUGUCCAAAUUUGACGAACAUCCCAUCCUUGGAUUUUCAUGCGGAAACUAUGCCCAGAGUAAUAAGUAUCCAGCUUCACGCAAUGAGUGAGCUAGAAGAGGUAGUAAUUGGCAAUCGUCAACCUAUUCUUCUACCUCUACAAGAGCUUCGACUUUCGAGUCUCCCAAAAGCAAAGCUGGUCUGGAGGGCUAGGUUCCCUAAUACUCUUCUUGAACUAAAAAUUGUGGAUUGCAGGGCAAUAGACAAAUUCAUCAAAUUGGAGGGAGAGGCAAAUGGUAGUGGGGAGACAGUUAUAACAAUUUUCCCUGAUCUCCAGACAAUGGUGCUACGGUGGCUUACAGAAUUGAAAAGUUUGAGUGAUGGAGAACGAAUAUUAAAUUACCCAUCGUUGAAGACUAUCGAGGUGAAAGAUUGCCCCAACCUUAAAAAGCUGACGUUUGUUGCUGAUGGGCUGAAAGAGAUCAAGUGUCAGAGAUCAUGGUGGGAGCAUCUCAAUUGGGGCGACGAACGAACCAAGUCCUUUGAACACCUCUACAAUCCCAUGAAUAUAGAUUGA